CUCCAACAUUUUAGCUUUUUUUUUUAUGCGUGCAUAAAAAUCUGGCUUAUGUAAAUAAUAAACAUACAAAAUGUCUGAUGUACCAGACGGCUGGGAAAAAAGAACAAGUCGUUCAUCAGGAAAAUAUUAUUACUUGAAUAUCUACACAAAGGAGAGUCAGUGGGAAAUGCCAACAGAACCUGCCCAGCAGAAGUCUGAUAAAGUGACAUGUUCUCACCUUUUAGUAAAGCACAGAGACUCAAGAAGACCUCAGAACUGGAAAGGGGAACAAAUUACUAGAAGUAAAGAAGAAGCAUUGGAACUAUUACAAAAAUACAGAAAUAAAAUAGUGAAUGAAGAAGCAAGCUUUGCAGAGCUAGCAGAGAAAUAUUCUGAUUGCAGUUCUGCAAGAAAAGGUGGAGAUUUAGGUCCAUUUGGACCUGGACAGAUGCAGCGACCAUUUGAAGAAGCCUCAUUUAAACUACAGGUUGGGGAGCUGAGUGAACCAAUAUCUACAGAUUCAGGUGUGCAUAUAAUUUUACGGACUGCUUGAUGAUUUGAGAAAUUAGAAGAAAGCACAGUUGGUGAUAUCAAGUACAAGUUUCAGUAAAAGACUUAUCGACACACUGUCUUUUAACAAAAUGCCUUAUUUUUAAGACAUUUAUAGUUUCUUCUUCCCCUGUUGACCACACUAUAGAAAUGAGGCUUGAAGCUUUUAUUUUAUUGUUUGAAGUCUUAACAUUUGUCAUUACUGAAAAUGUAAUGUUGUAAUCUUCUUACUGUUUGCAUUUUUGUUUUAAGAAGUGGGUAAUUAAAGAUUUAGUUUAAAUGCUGCUUUUAAAAUAGAUCUGAAUUGGAAAAGCUUUUUACAUAUUUUGAUAAAAAUGUAACAAAGUACUUUUAAUUAUUUUUAGACAAAGAUUGCUUAGUACUUACAAGAGUGAAAAAAAUGGCAUAGUCAAAAAAUGUUCUGUGCAACAAUUACUUUUUCAUUUUUGGAUGCAUGUUUUAAGAAUUAAGUUUAUAAAUAAUUUUUUAGAUGUAUAUUUUGAAAGAUUAAUGUUCAUAAACUAUUUAAAGUUCUGGCGACAAUUUUUUUUUUCUCUAAAUAUGAUGAUUACCUUUUUCUUUUGAAUUCUUUUGUAAUUUUUGUGUUUAAUUUCUCAUUUAUUUUCAUAGUUCUUUGUUGUCUCAGUCAGUGCUGCAUUUAUAUUGAUGUUUUGUUAUCUAUUGAAAUAAGGUAUGUACAGUUUGUAUACCAUGUUCUAAAGCUUUAUUCAAAAAAGAAAUCUAAUGAGACAAAAAAACAUAAGUUUCACCUGAAAUAGUCAUUCGUCUUUUUUUCCCCCCAUUGCAAAUGUCAAAACUAAUUUUUUAUUUAAUUUAAACCAUAUUUGUUGCAAGUGAUUGAAAACUUACUAUUAUAACAAUUUACAUGCUGCGAAUGGUACUCAUCUGAGUUGUAUGCUUUUGUUACUACUGAGAAUGCAUGACUGUUGAAGAUAGGUUAAUAGACACUAAAGAGCCUUAUUUGUUUUUUGGCUCAUAUUCAUUAAAAAAAAAGACCAUCAAGACAGUAGGAAAUUUCUUUGCUAAUUUGAUGCAUUUUGAAAUUGCUGCCAAUCAAACUUGAGCUCCCUGUGUUUACUUAUGUGACUAAAUGAGUACACACCAUUUUGUUUUCAUGAUCGCUUGUGAAGGAAACACAGCUAAACACGUUAUUUUUUUUUUUUUGCACUGCAAUCAAAAUGCUCUUCAUGGCGUAUUAGCACCCUUCAUUUGAUCUAUUUGUAUAAAUGAGCCUAAAUUUAUGAAUGUGAUGUUCAAAUAAACUUAUCAUUGUCA